AUGCAGUCCACACUCUCCACCCUCAGGAUCGUGCUGGCCAUCGCCAUCGGCACCGUCGCCACAGGCGGGACUUCUGCUCCCUCCACAGGACUAAAGAUCACCAAGGACGCCAGAUGCGGCAACGGCUUCACGUGCCAGGGCUCGGCUUUUUGGGAACUGCUGCAGCAAAGAACAGCUGUCCCGACCUUUGCCUUGGAGGCAUUCACUCUCAAACGGUAUCAGGAGAGCGAGGUAGGCGGCGCCCUCUACAACAAGGGCUACCGCAUGCAAAGGCGAGAUUACACGGGCAGCUUGGAUCCCGCCACGGAGCGGUCCCCCUUGAUAAACUGUCCUGUGCGGCAGACGGACCACAGUGCCGCUGCUUUCAUGCUUAUGUCUACACCCCCCCUCCAGGGCCCAAGGUACCACUUUUGCGCGUUGGACAGUCAGCCGUGGGACGACGCAACCAUUUUCGGCAAUGCCCGUAUCCCUUUCGACGUUGGUUAUGAGAGGAUUCUUGUCGCUACGGCUACGUGA